CUCAGAGCCAAAAGAAUUCACACAGUGAGGACAAUGGGUGGAAACAAGAAGUAUGGGGCUCUUCGACAGGAUCAUGGCAACUUCUCCUGGGGCAGUGAAGCAAUCACACGUAAGACACGUGUCAUUGAUGUGGUGUACAACCCGUCCAACAAUGAGUUUGUGCGUACAAAGACACCGGUGAAGAGCUCCAUCAUACAGAUUGACUCUACCCCAUUUAGGCAGUGGUACGAAGCAAUGCUGAACAAAGUGCGUUCAAAAAAGACCCAGAAGAAAUACGAUGAGAGAAAGAAACAAGCCAAAGUGGAGCAAGCCUUGGAAGAACAGUUUGCCACUAGGAGAGUUCUUGCCAAGAUCUCCUCUCGGCCAGGACAGUGUGGCCGAGUGGAUGGUUACAUCCUCGAAGGCAAAGAGUUGGAGUUCUAUUCCAGGAAACUGAAGUCCAAGAAGGCUAAAUAA